GGCCUGCCCUGCGCGGCUCGGCGGCGCUGCCCCGGAAGCGCUCGGCAGAGCCGUUCCGGCCGGGGCAGUUCCUGCCACCUCAGCCGCAGCAUGUCGGGCGCGGGCGGCUCCGGCGCGGCGGCCGCAGGCUCGGUGGGCUCGGUGGUGCGGCGCUUCCUGGCGGAGUACGGCAGCGGCACGCCGAGCCGCCUCAAGGUGCUGGACGCCUACCUGCUCUAUGUGCUGCUCACCGGGGCGCUUCAGUUCGGCUACUGCCUCGGCGUCGGCACCUUCCCCUUCAACUCCUUCCUCAGCGGCUUCAUCUCCGCCGUCGGCAGCUUCAUUCUGGGCGUUUGCCUCCGGAUCCAGAUCAACCCCCAGAACAAAGGCGAGUUCCAGGGCAUCUCCCCAGAGCGAGCCUUUGCUGAUUUCCUCUUUGCCAACACCAUCCUGCAUCUCGUUGUCAUCAAUUUUGUUGGUUGAGCUCUAGAAGAGACUGAGGUGUUGACUUGCUCCUGAGCUCUGAUGCCAGAUCCUGGCACUGGGAUGUGCUGUUUGCCAGCAGACCCUUGCAAGCCUCGGUGGAGGAAGGAGACACAAGGCACACAAUUUUUCCCCACAGACUGCUCUGUGAGGGGGUCUGCAGCCCUGUGGAGGGGUCUGCUACCUCACUACAGGUCCUGUCAUCUUUUCUGCCAAUAAAACCCUUUCUGACACUGCA